AUGGCACAGCGAAUGGACGCAUUUGAGGAGAAGAUGGAUGAGCUGCUCAUGCUCUUAAGGAGCUACCAGUCACCUCCCUCUGCUCCAGUCGAUGACCUAUUGCUGUUGUCCUGCUCGACAAUUGGCGAGUCUGUCAUUAACGAGGACUGCAGUGAAAGUUACACAUGCCUGGGCUCUAGUGUAGUGAAACAGGAGAGCAUCAGGUGUAAGAGUGAUGAGGUCUGCAAAGUGAUGAAUGGUAUCAAGUCUUGCUACCUCCAGCAGUGCUCCAUUACAGCCAGUGGAGGCGUUUCCCUGUUUGAUGGGACACGAGGCUCCAUAGACACAGAGGGAACCUAUGAGUUGGUCAAGCUCUGCAGUGACAGUCUGGUGGCAGACUUUUUCAGAGUGUUAGUGGUCUUCCAGACAUGUAAGGGAAGGGGCCAGAAUUGUAUCACAAUGGUGUAUGUCUUCUUCAAUAAGUAUGUCAUCACUGUUACCAGCCAGCAAGAGACCUGGGUAAAUGGCAUACAUGUUUCCCUGCCGCGCUCACUGAAAAAUGAGAUUGACAUUCAUGUGGCUGGCGACUCAGUGGUCAUUGAGAAGAAGUCAGUCCUCCAUGUGUCCUACAACUUCUCGCAUGAUGUCACUAUAACGGUGGGCGAAGCUGUGGCCAGUCAUGUGUGUGGUGCCUGUGGUAGGCUCAAUGCCAAUGGUGAGCUCAUGCUAAAGAGCCACAGUAGUGAGGACCUAAUCAAUUCAAUGGCAGAAGAAGAGUGA